UACUCGUGCCUUCCCUAGUUCACUAUGCACCUGCCAAAACAAACUCUGUCAAGCCUAGUUGUACCUCAGCAACCCUUUGAUACCUGCCAUUCUUAUCAGUUGAGCUGACUUGGUUUUGUUUCCGCAGCUGAUCUGCAGCCACAAGUAAAGGUAAAUCACUAUGGACAAUCAAAAUGAAUAUUUACUUAACUUCAGAGGCUAUAACUUUGAAAGAACUUUAGUUAAAAUGAACAUAGUGGAAAACAUGGAGGAUCAGGAAAUUAGAGAUGAUGAUGUCUUCAUAGUCACAUAUCCAAAAUCUGGUACUGUCUGGACACAGCAGAUCCUCAGCCUGAUUUAUUUUGAGGGCUACCGGAACAACACUGAAAACAUCCAAACAAUAGACAGAGCACCAUUCUUUGAAUACAAUAAUCAUAAUGUGGACUUUGCCAAAAUGCCAUCACCUCGUAUCUUUUGUUCCCACCUCCCGUAUUAUUUAGUGCCAAAAGCUUUCAAGAACAAAAAAGUCAAAAUUCUUUAUGUCUACAGAAAUCCUAAAGAUGUUUUGACCUCCUACUUUCAUUAUUCAAAUUUGAUGGUUAUACUUGAAGCCUCAAAUACUAUAGAAACAUUUAUGCAAACAUUUCUAGAUGGAAGAGUGGUAGGAAGCAAUUGGUUUGACCACAUUAGAGGCUGGUAUGAACACAGACAUGACUUCAACAUUAUGUUCCUGAGCUAUGAAGAUAUGAAGAAGGACCUCAGGGGCUCAGUGCUCAAAAUCUGCAGUUUUCUGGAGAAAGAACUGAGUUAAGAAGAUGUGGAUGCUGUUGUGAGACAAGCUACGUUUCAGAACAUGAAAUCUGACCCGCGAGCAAAUUAUGACGAUAUUAUAAAAAAGGAAAUUGGGACAAGAAAUGAUCAAGGAACAUUCCUCCGCAAAGGUGAAAUUUACUAGUCUGUAGAGGCAAAAACAAAAAAACGAUGAGUUUUCCUGGAGUACUUUGGAGAAAUAAUAUGUGUUUCUAAAGUAUUGCACCAGGUGAUGAUGACAUUUGGAAGCAUCAAGCAUUUUGGAAAACAGAACCUGAAGGGUCUGUAGUAGUUUUAGUUAAAAAUCUGACAAUUUCAAUUACGAAAUAAAUUUAAUUUUUUUACGUUUUAGGCAACACAACUCAAUUUUUAAAGGAUGUCAGCAGUCUUGUCCUAGGCAAUAGAUGUGUUAGAAGUUAAGACUCUAAUUGAUAUUGUGCUAUUGUUUUCUUGAUGAUGGGUUUUUUGUUUUUUGAUUUAUUUUGGUUUUUCGUUUUGUUUUGUUUUGUUUUGUUGGGUUUGUGUGUGUGUGUGUGUGUGUGUGUGUGUGUGUGUGUGUGUUUCUAAGAGAGAGAGAGAAUGUGUGUUUCUCAGUGUAGUCUGAGCAACCACAGCUACCUUAAAUUCAUAAUCCUCCUGCCUCUUCUGCACAUGCUCCCUGAAAGCUAGGAUUACAGACAUGGUGAUGCACUGCUCAGACAAGAACAAUAUUAUUUACUAUUUUCCUAGGAUAUUGAACAAGUAAUAUGCUGUCUGCUUAUAUUGAAAACGAAGUUUAAAAUGCUGCUUCCUCAUGUGUGAGAUUUUUUCAUCAUAAAAAUUAGAGUGAUAUCUUAAUAACUUUAUCUGACAUGAAUUCAAUAAAGUAAAUAGGCAAUAAA